AGUAGAGUACAGGCGUUCCUGUAGGUUUCCAGAAUGUGUAUCGCCAUUGUUACCACUGAGCAUCCUCAGUACCCGUUCAUCCUCCUGAACAACAGAGAUGAAUACUUGCAUCGUCCAACAGCAGAUGCAACAUGGUGGCCAGAACCCGACUCCCAAGUCCUCGGAGGCUACGAUCUGCAUCGUCCCGUCCACGGUACUUGGCUUGGCGUGACUCGUCAGGGUCGAGUCGCAGUCCUCACCAAUUACCGCGAAGAGGGCGAAGCAAUUGUUGAAGGGGCCCGAAGUCGGGGUCUUAUUCCGAAUGCCUGGCUGAAAUCUGACCCGAAAGUGGACGAGUCGUCGGAGCAGUUUGCGAAGAGGCUUGUAGAGGAAGAUGGGGUAAGAGGAGUUGGGGGCUUCAGCCUGCUGUAUGGAAAGAUCCAGGAUGUUGUCAAAGGGGGAAGGAAAGGCCUUGCAAUCAUCUCUAACCGCACUCCGGAUGCUGCUGGCUUGAUAUGGGUGGCCGGGAAAUCCCACGAGACCUACGCUCUCAGCAAUGCCGCCUAUGGUGACCGAUCCUGGCCGAAGGUCGUAAACGGAGAAAAGGAGGUCAAAGCCGCUAUCGAUGCGAGCGUGGAGAAAAGGGAAAGCAAGGAGAAAUUACUUGAGAGGUUGUUUGCCGUUCUUUGCCAUGACACAAUGCCCAGGCAGAAGGAAAAUGAAGAGUGGGACAUGUAUCUGAACCAACUACGCCACAGUAUUUUCGUUCCUGCCGUUGGAAAGGAUGAUCUGGAAGAAAUGAAUAUGCCGGCACAUCCUGUAGGUGAUGUGGUCAAGCACAGAGCCGCCAAUGCCACGUCCGGAUGCUAUGGAACGCAGAAGAAUAUAAUCAUCCUCGUCGAUAACGGUGGGAAGAUGCUCUAUAUUGAACGAUCACUUUUCGAUGGAGAUGCGCAUCCAAUUGAGAAAGGGAAAGGAGACAAAUCGUUUGAAUUCCAAAUCGAAGGGUGGUAGCAGGAAAGCAUCGAAGAAGGCAUAUCGGUUUCAACCAGGGGAUGAAGACGGCGAUUCAGCAUGUUUUUUGUGUUGAAGAUCUCCGCACUACCAGCUUUUCCUUAGAGUUCAAUUCGGCGAAAACGAAACCCCUCCUACAUACAGGUCAGAAAUUUGAUUCCUAUUAACCCUUAUUCUAGAUAGAGAUUAAACAGACUAACUCAAUACUUG